CACACGAGCUGCAAUGGGCACAGAGAUGCUGCGGCCAUAGAGUCUCCCCCAAUAGUUGCUGCAGAUAUCGCGACAUGCCAACUCCGGCCUCGCGCCAUUGACUGCUCUGAGACGGUGCAGCAUCCGCAGCAGUGGCUGUAGUGAGCGAUAGCCAUGGGGGCAACCAACAUCCAGGACGCAAAGCUCCUGAUCCAGUCGUCACGUGUGGCCGAUCGAACAACGGGCCUCAAAGACCUCAUCCACAUCCUCAGGCACAAUCGCGGCAAGCCCAGCCUCGAGGCGCUGGGCAACAAGGCAUACCUGGCCCUAUGCGAGACUCUUUUCCAAUGUCUGCGUGAUGAACGAGCUGCCUUUGUGCGCAACAAGGCCAGGACGCCCAAGACGGCUGCCCUCCUUCCCUUGGCCGCCUCGGCCUUGCGCCAUGUCAUUGCGUCGGGCGUGCGCACCAUCAAGAGCUCCACCGUAGAGAUCAUCAUAGACACCAUCAUCCAAGUAUUGCCUGCCAAUAGCGGCUUGGUCGAGCCGCUCCUAGAAGACCUGCCCAAGACAUUGCGCUCACUCCUCGAAUACCAGCCCCAUGUUGAGCGUCUGUCCAAAGACUGCUGGGACGAUGCAGUGGACUUCUGUAUCACCUCACUGGCUGGCUUCUUCUCAGAGCCCACUGCCGCCGAAGGUGAGCCUCAGAAUAGCUGGAGCACUAACACCUCAAGCCGCGCUCGCACCCCACUCGAGCCUGCCGACUUCCCUUCUUCUAGAGCGUCGCCUCGUAUGGCUGUGUCGAGGACCAAGCCAGUCGUUGCAGAGCAUGUCUACGCAGCAGAUGAUUUUGUGCACUGCAUCCAUCAUCUUGUCAAAGCCUCCAAUGCGCCACUGCUUGAUCGCUCCGAGGCCGUCUUGACUUCUCUGUUGCGCUACUUGCAACACAAGACCGGGCGUGGCAGCGUUGUCGUGGCAGCACUUGCAGCCGUGAAUUCUGUUCUUGCUCGCACUGCACUGCAGUCCCUUGAAUUGACUAAGCGGACGACACGUAAAUUGCUUCCCCUGCUAAAGUCUAUGUGGUCUGAUGCCAUACUGCGAGACGAAAUCUUAAUCACCUUGACAUAUACUGAAGCACAUAUCGCAAGUCUCCUCAAUGAUGCAUACGAUGAAACCACAAGCUCGGAUCUUGAGGUGCUCAUCGAGACCAUGUAUAGCGACUAUCGACGCCGACAAGAAACCACCGCUCACCAGUAUCUCGAAGAAGACCAUCUCUGCUUGAGUCAUCUAGGUUUUCAUACUGACGAUACUCAUCCACUGCACACUCAUGCUUUCUCAAUGGACACAGAGCAUCAACGUCACGAAGGGCUCUGGUCUACAGUCGCUACCAUUGCACGCUUCUCCUUUAUGCUUGACCAACGAAAGCGUACCACUGCCUGCGACCGCAGCGAUACUGAAGAGAGUUCUAGCAAGCGUCUUCGUGUUACUCAAUUGUUUUCAGAAUACCUGCGUCACGUAUCUGAACCUAGAUCCAACGCCAAACGAGCAGCAUUACAAAUCAUUGCCUUCAUGACACAGCAAGGUCCUUUCGGUGAGGAGGACCUCCAACCUAUGUUAGAGAAGCUUACGUCAUGCAUCUCUGACGAAAACCCCGUACAUUCCGUAUGGGCAAUGUUAGGCUUGGCUGGAGCUGCCUUUCAGCAAUCAGCAAGUCAUUCGUCACUUCUGCCUUAUUGGAUAUCCGCCUGGCAGAGCGCUUCCCGAUCAGUCACUUCCAUUUCUUUAUCUCGCGUGGCAUGCCAUCUUAUGGACGUCCUGCUUAGACUCAACAUUGUUCCGUUCUCGGAGGUAUCAGGGACCGCUCAGUCCAUACUUGCAUCCAUUGAACUGAGUGGACCUGCGUUACUCACCGAAAGUAGCUCAUCAUUGAUGACUACCAUCUUACAGGAGCGUGUCAAGGAGAAUCCAACCCAUUUCAGCUCCACUGCAGAGCGAAUCUUGAAUUGGCUUCUUGGCAAAUGGACCCCAACAGCAACCUUUCUUGUAUUGGGACCCGUAGCGCAGGCUAAGACUCAUACAGCGCGUUACAAAGAUUUGGCUCAUUACCUCUUGCUUCUUCCACCCAUAAAGGAUUCCGCGACAAAGACUGCCUAUGAGCACGCUGCUUCCGAGGAGCCAACAAGCGACUAUUAUCCUACACAAACGGGAAACAAGAUACUUGAUUUCUGCCUGUCAGAGGUCGAUAAGGCAAAGCAACGUUGGAAAGACAUGAUUGCAACAAAUACUGCAGGCAUUACGUCGGAUAUGAUGCGGAUCGUCACGAAUCUAUGUAUCGUUGCCCCAGCUGUCGCUGCGCUUGUAAACCCGGACGACCGCCGAGUAUCGACUCUCCUGUCAUCCGUGAUUGAUCUAAUUGAUCUCCUUUCUAUCACUCUAACCAAACUGCAGACAGAACAAUACAAGAUUGAUGCCGUCCUUGCAGUCUGCACGAAGAGCCUUCCUGACAUUGGUUCACUUCAAGGCCGGGGUACUGAUGUUUAUAAGCGAACUGGCAUCCAUUUAGUAGCUCAGCACCUGUCCCCGGCUCUCGGCCAACGCAAAGACGUCAAGCAAUCAUUCUAUGCAGAGGAUGAGGAUUUUAUGGAGAUGGAUGAUGCCUCUGGCUCACAGAUGACCGUAGGAGCACCGGUUUUCGACAAUGAUGUACCCCGUCACGACCUCCAAGCAGAGAAUGACAUAUCGGCUUUGCGCGCUUCCUGCUCAACAUACCUCCAGUUUAUAUCCUCUUUAAUGGACUGCCCGGAACCAGACCAAGGAAUGAUUCCGGCUAGAUUCACAGACCACUUGGCGUCUCUUUCGGAGAGCGAUCUGCUCUACUCACGACAAUUCCUUCGCGCAUUAUGGACUAGCAACCUGAAAAUCUCCAGAAGUGAUUGCCUAAGUCUCCUAGAGCGCUUUAGUGAAGCCCUCAUUGAUCCUCGCGCCCGCGAAUACAACACAUCAGAAGUUGCCAAUAGUAUGCUCGUUGAGGUUUUGAUUGGUACAACGCUUGUUUGGACACCUGAUACCGUCGAUCGGGAGGCCCAAGAUCUCUAUGAGAACAUCGAGGCGUUAUAUGUAUACUACGUCAAGGAGAUGGAAAAAGGAGGAGUAAGACGCUCAGCCAAUUUGCAGACAACUAUUGCUAUCUUCCUUCAUGGUCUACUCAAGCACCAUCCUGACUUUGCACACAACCGUAAGGUCCCUUCGGUGCGCACGAGUUUGUUUGAGCUCCUAGCAAGUGGCGAAAUGACCGUCAAAUACCAUAUCGCUGAACGCCUACCGAGGAUAUUCGAGGAUUUUGUCCUGUCCGAGCACGACAAGAUACUACAAGACGUCGAUAGUAGUCUUCCUGGAGAUGAUGAGGGCAAUGAAGGCAUCGCUGUUCGACUACUGGUCCUCUCGCGGCUGGCGUCUCAAUGGCACACAUUGUUACGCCAUAGCGUAUACCGCAUCUUCGCAACAGCAGGAACGAUACCUGGGGCCGCUCUUCAUGCUGAACGCUGUAUUUCCAAGGUCGCUCAAUCCAGGUGUUUUGGUGACUCACAGAGCCUGUUCAGACUCUUUGCUCCCCAAGUUAUCUUCACAUGGUUGGAUCGAGGUCAGGAGAUCAGUGCGAUCCCUUUUCUAAUUUUCGACUAUGAUUCUCUUCCGGAUCUGUUACGGGAUAUAGAAGCUGAGGUCGUGGGACAAGCAAUCAUGUUUGGUCGUAAAGAUGAAGUGGAGUACCUGGCCAGCCAGUUGGGCUAUUCAGCACAACAUCUAUUGUCGAAAAAUAUCGGCAAGGCAGCCGCAUACACAAUAGCAUGGGAUACAUGCAGAGGCUCAGCUCGCAACAAAGCAGACUCAAGCUUCGGUAAUCUGCUGAAGGAGAUGGUCGGCAGCGAUCAGUACUAUGUCUUGAUACAGAAGCACUUCCCCCAGGUACUUGGACAUAUGCUUCAAACCAUCGAUCACGAAGAACGCCUUGGCAAGUCGUUGGACAAAAAACCUGCCUUUAACCCUGCCGCAGCAGUUCUAGCCGAAAUCACUGAGAUCAGUCAAUCUGCGCAAGGCCUCAAUAUGGGCAUAGAGCCUUCAUUCUCUGCCUUUUACUUACCAGAUCAACUGGAGCGCUUAUGUAGACGGACAGGCGAUAGGCCUACUAGUUUUUGGUCUCCAAGCACAUACACCUUUGUGUUGCGUUCUCUCCUCGAUCGCAUUCAUCCAGCCCUUGGUUCUCUCUAUGCAAGGUCGGUGAUCCGCAAAAUCCGAGUAGUUGUUGCAUUGGCUGGUCCAAUCGCCCACGAAGGUUAUCCAUUACAAAUGACGCUCCAAUCCCUACGCCCCUUUCUUACAGAUGUACAAUGCACAGAGGAUACGGUGGGAAUCAUGCAGUACUUAUUUGAGCAUGGAGCUGAGUACCUCCGCCAGCAGCUGAGCUUUGUGACGGGUAUCGGGCUGUCAAUUCUCAUCUCUCUUCGAGUGUUUUUAAGCUCCUCGCAGGAAAGCACCACUCAACAGUCGCAACACAUGACGACUAUGAAUGCAGCCACCCGAUUUCAUAUAUGGCUCACCGAAUAUCUAAAAGCUCAUGCCCAGGCGAUUGCUACCAUAGAACGGUCCUCGGCUGUCAAAGCAUUCAAACUCAUUACCACUGCUGCCUCGCAAGUUAAUGCAGAAGGCAACUCGUUCCGUGGUAGCGACGAGAGCAAGCUCUUGUUGGAGAUUCUAGAUGAUGUCCGCUCGGGACGCAAACUGCUGAACAAAACAUCACGAGACGUUGCUCUGGACUUACUCUGCCAGAAUUUUCAGCCAGCCCAUACUGCACGGGAUGACAUUCUUGGCUUGGACCGCGACGCUGCAGAGUUUGCGCCCCUUGUCUGGGAGUCGUGUCGACGAAGCAAAGUGGGUGAAGGUUAUCUAUUAUGGACGGCGCGCGUCUUAGGCCGGGCAUAUAGUGCUUUUGGAGAAGUUAAACAAAGUUCUGCUGGAGCUCGGCCUUGGGCUUCCUCAAGUCAAAGCUCAAAGUCUACUCUUGGAACAUCUUCAAGAGAGGCCAUCGUCAAGGAAGUCAUUGAUCUCUUUUAUAGCGAUGACCGAACAGAAGUCAGUCUAGCUGAGGAUGCCGUGCGGCGCCUCAUCUCUCGCUUGGUUCCAGACUCGCAGUACAUGGUUGAAAUGCAACGCGUUAUUCCGGAGGCAAUCGCCAAAGCUCUUAUGUACAAACCGCCAGAGCCAGACAACCCGGCGCAGCCCCUGACAGACGGACUCCAACAGGCGGUGUCACCCACACCCCUCAAGCCGAUAGUCUCUUGGGUGAGAGACUUGACUGUAGCACUCUGCAAAGUUGCAACUGAAGACCCAGUACUCGAUGCUCUUCCUGAUCUCUUGAUAGGUAUAAACCAUAUGGCCGAGAAGCUCCUGCCAUAUAUACUUCAUCUUGUCCUUCUUGAUGAGUUUGAAGAAGAUCGAAGUGUUCGCGACAUUUUUUCAAAAGCCAUAGCCAGUUGGUUUCGUGAUUGUAGCUCGGCCACGAUACCACAUGUCCGCAUCAUCGUACAGUGUAUCCUCUACCUUCGUAGCCAGCCAAUACCAAAAGAAGCUACCCGAGUGGAUCGAGACAAGUGGUUAGAGGUCAAUUACCUGGAAGCAUCACAGGCGGCGAGUGCAUGUGCCAUGUACAGAAGUGCGCUCAUGUUUGCAGAAACUUCGUCUGGCCAGCCUAUGGUGAAAAGCAGCAUAAGGAGAUCAUCCGUCAUGGUCGAACCGCCGAAGAUACCAUUGCAGCUCCAACUUUCCAUCUACAAGAAUCUCGAUGAGCCUGAUUCGUUUUACGGCGUCGAUCGAGGCUCAAGUCUCUUGUCUGUCCUUGGUCGUCUUGACUACGAGGGAGAUGGCGUGAAAAGCCUUCUCUUUCGUGGCGCUCGUCUUGACAGUCAAAUGCGUAGGCGAAACGAAUUGGAACCCACUGAUUCCCGCGGCACAGUGAAGUCGCUAAUAAUGCUCAACAUGAACAGUGUCACUCACUCUCUGCUCUUGAACGAGCAAUUCCACGAUGCAGGAGACGAUAUAGUUGAAAGUACACUCCACACGGCACGUAAGCUAGGUCAAUGGGACAUAAAGGCUCCCGAAGUCAACAAUACGGAAGCAAGUACAUUGUUCAAGGCAUUCCAAGGGAUGCAUUAUGCAAAGAGUGUUGAAAAGGCUCGGGAAAACUUUAGUCAUCAGUUACAAACAACGAUGAACUUUCUUGCUGGAAAGAAUAACGCAUCCGUCCCAACUAAGGUCCACUUGCGCACCUUGGGGGUGCUGACGGAGGCAGAAGAAGUCAUCAUGACUGAGCGCUCAGAGCAUCUAUUAGAUACCUGGGAUCGAAUGAAAUCUCGGGAAAAAUGGAUGCGAGCUGGCGAGUUUAGCGAUGUGCGCCAGCUUUUGUCCUGCCGCGAAACUCUGUUCAGCGUGCUUAGCUCUAAUCCCGCUCUUGUAAACUCUCUGCAUACAAGAACUGCAACCAUCCGUGGUAUGGAAGUCGAGGCCCUCGUGUCAUCUUCUAGCGUGUGCAGAAAGCAUGGCGCCCUCCAGGAAUCGCUUGCAAGCGUAACUUAUCUUUCCGAUAUUGUACCGCAAUGCAAGGCUAUAGGUCUGGAUAUUGAAGCUGUUGCACAACAUGAGGUAGCAAACGUCCUUUGGGAACAGGGCGAGACUGAGGUUUCGAUUCGAAUGCGGCAACAUCUGAUCGACCACGCCAACUUUGAUUCUCAGAACGCUGAUUUAAGUCUUCCCGUGCUACUCGCUCGACUCGGCCACCAUCUCGCCGAGGCUCGUCUGGCAAAACCCGACACAAUCAUGAACGAGUACCUCGAGCCGGCAAUCCGAGAGCUCAAAGGCCAAAGACAAGGCUCAGGAUCAGGCCAAGUUUUCCACGAAUUUGCGCUAUUCUGUGACAAACAACUUCUCAGCCCUGAAGCAGCCGAAGAUAUGGAUCGUAUCAAGACCGUGAUGGACCGCAAGUUGCAGGAAUACCAUGACUUCACCAAGCUUUCCAAGACCGACAAAAGCAGAGGAAUGCGAGAGACAUAUCAUCGGAACGCCCGUCGAGCAAAAACUUGGUAUGACCUUGACAAUGCAGAGUACGAAAGAAUGCGCAAAGGACGCGAGCAGUUCCUACGUCAGUGCUUAGAAAACUACCUCUUGUCGCUUUCAGCCUGUGAUGAGUACAACAACGACGCGCUCCGUGUUUUCUCUCUAUGGUUGGAGUACUGCGACACUCCUUUAGCAAAUCAGGCUGUAAAGACAUAUCUCAAAGACGUUCCGAGCGGCAAGUUUGCACUGUUGAUGAAUCAGCUCUCAUCGCGACUACAAGCGGAGGAGAAUGAUUUUCAGCAUCUCUUGAUGGAGCUUGUAUUCCGUAUCUGUGUAGAGCACCCAUAUCACGGCAUGCAUCAAAUCUUUGCCAUUCAGAUGAAAGUCGGCGCCAUCACUAGGGAGGAUGUCGUCCGAGCUAAGGAUGAAUCGGCAAAGUCUCGCCAGAAAGCCGCGUCUGGUCUUGCGACUGCCCUGAGCAGUGACAAGAGAGCCCGACCAUACUGGAGCUCCAUCUCCCAGUCCAAUGAAAUCUACCACCAUCUCGCCAUGUUCAAGGGCGAAAAAGAGAGCACACAGCAAGGACGCGAGCUGCAGCUCGACAGAUACAAGGAGUCCAAGGACUUGGUCAGCAAGGUGCCUAGAUUGAACGUACCUCCUGCUACACUCCAGAUUGAAGUCCGGCCCAACAUGAACUAUAGUGAUUUGCCGAGGAUUGCAGGUUUCAAAUCGACGAUGAGCAUCGCAAACGGCCUCAGUGCACCCAAGAUCAUCACUGCCAAAGGUACCGACGGUCGGCCUUACAAGCAAUUGUUCAAGUCCGGGAACGACGACCUACGUCAGGAUGCCAUCAUGGAGCAGGUCUUUGACCAGGUUUCACGACUGCUCAAGAAUCACACGGCCACGCGUAUUCGAAACCUUGGCAUUCGUACUUACAAGGUGUUACCGCUCUCAACCAGAUCUGGGCUGAUGGAGUUUGUGCAAAACACUGUUCCGCUGCAUCUGUGGGUCAUGCCGGCUCAUGAAAGGUACUAUCCGAAUGACUACAAGCCCGACAGAUGUCGCAAAGAGAUUGGCGCCUGCCAACAGGACUCUCUCACUACACGAGUCAAGGUGUGGCAGAAGAUUGCAGAAAAUUUCCAUCCUGUAAUGCGCUACUUCCUGCUCGAGCGCUUUGAAGAUCCUGACGAAUGGUUCGAGCGUCGUCUUGCGUACACGCGCUCGACGGCUGCCAUCUCCAUCCUAGGUCAUGUACUUGGUUUGGGCGAUCGCCAUUGUCACAAUAUUUUGCUUGACGAGAAGUCUGGUGAAGUAGUGCACAUUGAUCUUGGAGUGAGUUUUGAGGCUGGUCGGGUUCUGCCGGUACCGGAAGUGGUCCCGUUCCGAUUGACGCGUGACCUGGUGGAUGGUAUGGGGUACACCAAGACAGAGGGGGUUUUCCGGCGCUGCUGCGAAUUCACUAUGGAUACGCUUCGCGAAGAAAGGGAAAGCAUCAUGACUCUGCUCAAUGUUCUGCGCUACGACCCCUUGGUUAACUGGAGCGUCACUCCGACCAAAGCAAAACGCAUGCAAGAAGCAAAUCAAGAAACCGGCGCCAACGGUACCGCGCGCUCGACCAGUGUCGCGCCUGGGGGUACACCUGCUCCUUCGGGCCAAGUGGCGGCAGUCGAGGAAGCGGCAGGUGUCGUGCAUGAGAGCAACAAGAAACGGGAGAAGGAAGACCAGGCCGGUGAGGCGGGUAGAGCGCUUAGUGUUGUGGAGAAGAAGUUGAGCAAGACAUUGAGCACAAAGGCCACUGUCAAUGAACUCAUCCAGCAAGCUACUGAUGAGCGCAACCUGGCAGUGCUAUACAUGGGGUGGGCAAGCUAUGCAUAGGAUGUGGGAGUGCCGCAUUGCCGUAAAGGGCCGAUGAAGGUAGAUAGGCUGGGGGUAUACGGUCGUAUCUCGGGUGUUCAUGUUACCCUGUUCUUUUUAUAUGUAACUCUUGCACAGGGGGAACGGGCUAUCGUACAGAUGUGUAUAAGUAAUACAGAUUUAUAAAAAUUCAUCCGCCCGGGUAUUGACAACCCGG